UGCUGUGGGUGCCAUAACAGAUCGGCACUGUAUCACGUAUCCAGGCUUACACUGGAAUUUCUCUGCUGAGGACGCCCUGACCUGCAUCACGCCGACUGUAUUGAACAAUGGUUGUGCAGGUGGCUACAGUGUACUCUCUUGGCUGUACUGGGUCGACCAAGGACUGGUGAGCGGAGGCGGGUACCAGACUCCUAACGGAUGCAGACCGUACCCCUACAAGCCCUGCGACCACUACGAAACGGGUACCUACGGCCCGUGCCAGGCUCGACCUGAUUUAACAUUCUGUAACAAAACCUGUGUGGCCGGCUACCCAGUGCCAUAUGAAGGGGACAAGAGAAAAGGUGCAACCGUUUAUUCACCAUAUCAAGAGACGGGUAUUCAGAGUGACAUCAUGGAGUACGGCCCUGUGAGUGCCGAUAUGACCCUCUACCAAGAUCUCCUGACCUACCGAUCAGGUGUGUAUCAGCAUAAGACUGAUCAAUCGAUUGGCCUUCUUGCGGUCAAGAUCAUAGGUUGGGGUGUGGAGAACAAUCAGAAAUAUUGGCUGUGCGUUAACUCCUGGAACUCGGAGUGGGGCGACAAAGAUUUCAGCAUGAAGCUCCUGCUUGCAGUCUUUCUCGGCUUGCUAGCCGCGGUGUCGUCUUCUCCCGUGAAGUCGCUCGAGCAGAACUUUGUCGUGUAUUCCGCGGAACUCGUGAAGAAAAUCAAUUCCAUGAAUACAACUUGGAAGGCUGGCCCCAACUUUGCCGGUGAGAAUGCUGCAUCGGUACUGGAUCGGCUCAGCACACCAGGAUUGUCACGGGAGAAAGCCCCCAAAGCCCCCAUAAUCACGCACGACAGAGCUGGUGCACCGCCUACAGAGUUCGACGCUCGUACUAAAUGGCCAAACUGUCCGUCCAUCGGUCGCGUCUAUGACCAAGGCCGCUGCAAUGCAGCAUGGGCUUUGGCCGCUGUGGGAGCAAUGAACGAUCGACACUGUAUUACGUAUCCAGGCUUACAUUGGAAUUUCUCUGCUGAGGACGCCCUGACCUGCAACCCCCCCAACCAAGCUCUUGACAACAAUGGUUGUGCUGCUGGCUUCACUUUAUUCGCUUGGAUGUACUGGGUCCAACAGGGACUGGUGAGUGGAGGCGGGUACCAGACUCCUAACGGAUGCAGACCGUACCCCUACAAGCCCUGCGACCACUACGAAAAGGGUACCUACGGCCCGUGCCAGGCUAAACCCGAUUCAACAGUAUGUAACAAAACGUGUGUGGCCGGCUACCCAGUGCCAUACGAAGCCGACAAGAGAAAAGGUUCAUUAUAUUAUAAUGUUGGAUAUACUGAGGCAGAUAUUCAGAAUGAGAUCAUGACCUAUGGGCCCGCGUCUGUCGAUAUGGACCUCUAUGAAGAUUUGCUCACCUACCGAUCAGGUGUGUACCACCACAAGUCAAAAAAUCUUCUAGGCAAUCUUGCGGUCAAGGUUAUCGGAUGGGGCGUGGAGAACAAUCAGAAAUAUUGGCUGUGUGUCAACUCUUGGAACUCUGAGUGGGGCGACAAAGGAACGUUCAAGAUCCUGCGCGGUACGUUUGAGUGUAAUUUCGAAGUGAAUGUGCGUGCAGGCCGGAUGUACAAAUAACAGCUUUGGAGGUGUUUCAGAAUUCGAUCGGCAGUAUCACCACUAACAGUUUUUCGUUUAGAUUUGUCUUUAGUAAACAGUAACAGAAGAUGAUACAAAUACAAAUAAAUAAUAUUGUAGGGUUUUCAAAAAAAAGUUACACAAAAGUACCAUAAUUAUCUUGUUUGAAUCAAUUAAACAUGCGGCAGUUUAUCCAUUUCUAUUGGUCGAGACCCUGUCACGUGGGUGGCCUUAAACACCUGUCAGCAAUGUUUAAAGGGACACCGACUGCCCAAUUAGCAAUAUUGUGCAAUAAAUCAUGAAUCACCAUAGUUUGUUGAUCAACCAUAGUGUGAGUGCCCCGUUAUUAAAUCUAAUGAGUUGCUGUAAUAACAUGAGGUUA